AUGGGAGGCAGUAUGAUGUCCGAAGUGUUUGAAAACAAUAUCGAUACCAGGAUGUCUUCUCUUGCAAUUGCCAACACAAGUCCCCACCACAAUGCUCCAACUCAAGCGCCGAUAAUAUCUUCCUACAAUGACUACAUCAGGCCGUUGCUUGACACUGUGGACAGGCUGAGGAACCUGAAUGUGAUGAAAGAAGGGAUCCAGCUUCCAACUAUUGUUGUGGUUGGAGAUCAAUCCUCUGGAAAGUCCAGUGUUCUCGAGUCCCUGGCAGGAAUCAGUUUGCCUCGUGGGUAUGAAAUAUGCACAAGGGUUCCUCUUGUGAUGAGGCUUCAGCGCAGUUCUAGCCCCGAACCUGAGAUCUGGCUCAAGUACGGUGGCAACUCUGUUCCUACUUAUGAAGAACACAUCACUGAAGCUAUAUGCACAGCAACUGAGGCCAUUGCUGGAUCUGAGAGUGGUGUUUCAGACACUCCUAUUGAGCUCCAUGUAAGAAGGAAUAAUGUUCCUGAUCUGACAAUGGUUGAUCUCCCUGGGAUAACACGGAAUCCCGUCAACGGACAGCCUGAAGACAUCUAUGAACAAGUAUCAGCCAUAAUCAAGAAAUACAUCGAGCCACAGGAAUCAAUUAUUCUCAACGUUCUGGCAGCUACAGGCGACUUCUCAACUUGUGAGUCCAUACGUAUGUCUAAGCAAGUUGACAAGAAAGGGGAAAGGACUCUGGCCGUUGUAACAAAAGCCGACGUGCAGCCUCAAGGGCUCCUGGAGAAAGUUACUGCAGACGACGUGAACAUCGGACUCGGUUACGUCUGUGUCAGAAACCGUGUUGGUGACGAGACCUAUCAAGAAGCGCGAGAGCAAGAAGAGUCGCUUUUCAAGAAACAUCCACUGCUCUCCAAGAUUGAUCAAGACAUCGUUGGGAUCCCUGUUUUAGCUAAAAAGCUCGUUGAAAUCCAAGCGACAAUGAUCUCCCGUUGUUUGCCAGACAUUGUAAUGAAAAUUGAUCAGAAGCUGGACAAAAGCAUCAUCGAGUUGAGUAAGCUACCAGAGGUGAUAACUUGUGAGAGGGAAGCUUGGAUGACCUUCACGGACAUCAUCCGUUGAUUCCGUUCCGUUAAGUCUCUUCUCAAGUUUCUAA